AUGGAGAUCCAGAACAUCCGCCUGCCGCCUCUCAGCUUGGUGACCUUCGAGAAGACAUUCUCAAACAUACCACAUCAUUUCCAACUCGACGAUGUGCUGGCUGUCCUCGUUGUGGCCGCUGUACUUUCAACACUCUGGUACCUGGGUUUAUUCUGGGAGAAGCCAGAUCCGCAUCUCUACAAGCUGUUCGAGAGGCCUCAAGCUCACAUGACCGAUGCUGGAGCCACCAAAGGAACUCGCGACAUUGGUGAAAAGCUUGGCCAGAUCGGUGCCGAUGUUGUCAUCUUCUGGGGCUCUCAGUCCGGCACUGCAGAACGCAACCGUCUUUCCAAAGAGAUUCGGCAGCGGUUUGGCAAGAAGGCUCUGGCAGCGGAUGCUUCAGACUAUGAGUCUGCGUCGAUUGGAAAUAUCCCAACGUCGAAUCUGGCAGUCUUCAUAGUUUCUACCUUUGGCGAGGGUGACCCGUCCGAUAAUCUGCAGGAUCUCUGGAGCUGGCUUGAGACUGCAAAGGGUACUCCGUUCUCCAGCUUGAAGUAUGUCGCUCUUGGACUGGGGAACAGCAAUUACAAGUACUUCAAUGCUGUCGUCGAUGUUGUUGCAUCGAAGCUCAACACUCUUGGAGCUCAGUGCCUGCUGCCGAUCGGGAAGGCCGACGAUGCGCAAGGCCAGACGGAAGAGCAUUACCUGGACUUUAAAGCGGCUCUGUUCCAGCUGUUCAAGGACAAGAUGGGCUUUGAGGAGCACGACCCCGUCUACGAACCAGCGAUAACACUGGUUGAGGACAAUUCUCUGGAGCCGAUCGAUGUCUACAACGGCGAGCCCUGGAGUCCAAACAAGGAUAGAAAGACAGCGCGCAUCAUGUCACCUGUCCACUCACUUCCGAUCAAGGCUACGAGAGAGCUGUUCGAUGACAGCAAAGAUCGCAAUUUCAUCCACAUGGAAGUCGAUCUUAGCGAAUACCCUGGCUUGAAGUACAAGACAGGCGAUCAUCUGGGUAUCUGGCCCGAAAAUCCAAAGCCUGAGGUGGAAAGAUUGCUGCGAAGUCUCGGAAAGCUGUCUGCCGCCAGCAGUCCUGUUUCGCUUCGAUCGCUCGAUGAGGAGACGAAGCUGAAGGUGCCAACGCCAACGACGCUUGAGGCUCUGUUCGGCAACUACCUUGAGAUUUGUGCCGCUGUUCCACGAGAGACGAUUGCGUCGCUGGUGCAAUUUGCACCUACAUCUGCUGCCAAGGAUGUCUUGACGGCGAUCAGCAACGACAAGGCUGCAUAUGAGAAGCUCUCUGAUUCGAUGUACCUCAAUCUGGGUCGGCUUCUGGAAUAUACGGCUCCUGGGGAAGGAGCCUGGAAAGAUAUUCCCCUUUCGCUCGUCGUCGAAGCCCUACCGGCCAUGCAGCCACGGUACUAUUCCAUCUCGUCAUCCUCUGUCGUGCAUGCUCGCCAGAUUGCCAUCACAGCCGUUGUCUCCGACAAGAAGAUGCAAGGCGAGGCGAUCAUUCCCGGUCUAUGCACCAACCACCUCCUUGGCCUCCAGCGGUCCUUCUUGGGCGAACCUGGCUCGAUGCAAACGACAAUCAACGCGCACGUCCGCAAAUCCACCUUCAAGAUGCCCGCAAGCAUGGCUCAACCCAUCAUAAUGGUCGCCGCCGGUACGGGCGUUGCGCCCUUCCGCGCAUUUUUACAAGAACGUGAACGCCUCUCGAAGAUGGGUCGAGAGAUCGGCCGCACAAUCCUGUUCUUCGGCUGUCGAAAUGAAAAGCAAGACUUUCUCUACGCCAAUGAACUUCGUGAAUGGGCUAGCAUUCCGGAGAUGAGUCUCAGCGUCAUCACGGCUUUUUCACGACCCGACGAUGGCGAGAAGGUUUAUGUUCAGGAUAGAGUGAAGGAAUGUGCUGAUGAGGUUUGCGAUCUGAUCACGGAUAAGGAGGCAUCGUUUUAUAUUUGUGACUCGGCGGCCAUGGCAAGGGAUGUUUCGAAGGUUGUGGGUGAGCAGGUUCAGCAGAGGCUGGGUUUGGAUGAGAUGCGGUUGAGGGAGUUCAUGGAUAAGCAGAAGAGAAUUAGGAGGUGGCAGCAGGAUGUUUGGGGGUGA